AUGAAGAAGGAUGUUGUUGAGACACGUCGACACUGUCAGAGGAUUCAGAGAAGAGGUGCAUGGAAGCCUUCGUGGGGGAAGGCUCGAAGCAUGACAGAAAGUGACAGUGAAGAUGAAGAGAAGAAGAAAUUGUGUAAUGCAGAGUAUGAUGAUAGUAAUGAUGGGAAGGAAAUUGAAGGUUUAGAUGUUGAUGGAAAUCAUAUGGUAGUUGGUUCUCCAGUGCAUGGUAGUGUUGUUGGGGAUAACAUUGGAGAUGAUGAGGAUAAAGAUGAAGAUGAAGAUCUCCAGGGUCCUUACGCCACUUCUGAUGAGGAUGAUGGAACCACUCCUUAUUAUGAGUUAGAUGAAUUGAACUAA